AUGUCUGACUCAGAUACAACUGAUUCUGAUUGUGGUGUACGUUACAAAACAACCACCACGAGACACAAACACUCAUCAUCGGUUGGAUCAUCAUCCUCCAGAAAUCAUGCGGAGCGAUCAUCGUACCGUGAGGAACGUCACAGCUCAUCCCGUCACUCCGAUCGACGCCGACAUCGUAGAAGUCGCAGCAAAAGCCCCGACCGUCGGCAUCACCGCCGAAGAUCUCGCUCGAUCGAUUCACGGUCGAAACAUCACACAUCGCGUUCGGCAAAAAAUGAUAAAUCUCCCACAAAAGAUGCACCCGCUGAAAAGGUGCUUGAUAUUUCCGUGUCUUCCGUUUCUUCGCAAGAUGAGCAACCGGAACAUCAGAGUUGUACCACAAACAAUCAGCCGAACGAAUGUUUUGGACCGACAUUGCCAUCGUCUUUGUCAAAAACUUCCGACAGAGAGUGUAAAACUGUUGUCGAAAACAGUGAGCUGAUUGGACCAGCAUUGCCGCCCCAUCUACGGAACACUGAAUCAAAGGCAAAGGAUGAUCCUUUCGAUCCGGAACCGCGUAGCAUUGGUCCGGCACUCCCGCCUGGGUUCAUAGCUUCGCAAUCAUCCGAUAACGAGCACAUUUCGUCCGAGUCGGAACUUUCUCCAUUUUCUGAACCGGAAGAAGAUGACGAACAUGAUAUGGACGAUUUUAUUGGACCAUUGCCGGGUACGUCUAGCUCACGCGUUAACGUGGAACUAGAGCAGCGUGCACUGGAAUUAAAGAUACGGCAAAUGGAAGAAGCAACUGCCAGCGCUAAUGGGAGUGGAUCAUCCACCCUACCGAAAGCACGCGAAGACUGGAUGCUGGAACUACCCGAUAUUCGCAAGAUCAGCGAUAUGGGACUCGGAGCGAGACAGUUCCGCACACGCGAAAAGCCCGAAAUUGGCGAUCGCUCCAUUUGGACUGAUACGCCGGCCGAUCGGGAGCGUAAAAAGAAGUCUUCCGGUUCGGAACGAUCCUCUAAGCCUAGUGAUGCCACAACGGAACGGGAUCGUGAACGUGAACGAUCGCUUAUUGCCAAGCGAGACAAGGAGCAAGAAAAGAUGGUAAAGCAACACAAAAAGAAACACAAGCGCGACAAAACAUUGCUGGAAAUACAUCAAACCAAACUCAAGAAGGAUAAGCAAGCAGCGAGUGAUAGUACCGAACCGACAAGAAGACCGUUCGAUCGAAAUUUGGAUCUGCAUGCAAACCGCUUCGACGAUGCCCAAAAGAAAGCCAUUAUGAAGAAAGCCCAGCUCCUCAAUUCACGAUUUUCCAGCGGAAGUUCGAAAUAUUUGUAA